CUGCUAUAUAAGACAAUGAGGGUAAAAGUAUCGGCAAUAACCUGACUACAGAGUCUUCACAUUGGCGCUCACACUAGUGUUGCCAUGGCUGCCCCAAGUCUCAGCAGUGUCCUGACUAAUGCCAACCUCACCAUGUACCAGAGCGGGGUGCCCGACCUGAUACCACCGCAGCACAUUGGCCGGACAAGCCCAACAGAAUACGCAGGCAAUACCAGUCCUGUCCCAGGGCAGUGGUAUGAGCAGGCAAGUCCGCUCUGCUGGACACUGGAGAACGUUCUGGAGUGGAUCAGUGAUAACAUUGAAGGCACAAACUUCGACGCCCGCUCCCUGAACCUGGCGUACUGUGCUCUGGACGGUCCCAGUCUGUGCAAGAUGUCCCAGAACGACAUGAUCGGAGUGUUUGGCCCACAGCUCGGACCUCACCUGCACCAGAGUCUACUCAAGCACAAAGCCAAGCAUGAAUUCCAGUUCCUGUCUGCAUCAGAUCUGAAUGAGACAUGUGAACUCCUGGACACCUUCCUGGACAAACUGAAAUAUCCGCUGCUCAGCACCAUCACCUUCGGCCAAAGCCUCCAGAAUGCUGGAGACAUUUCCCCCAAAAAGGAGACCUCCUUCUGUGAGGACUAUGACCUGAGCCCCCUCAGCAUGGAACUCACGACACUGACAGACACAGGCAACUACUCUGAUCAACACUCGGACAGCGAUCUCAGCUCAUCCUCCAACAGUUGUCUAUUCUCCGGUUUACGCACGCCAGAAUCCACAAGUGGAGAAUCUGACCCAGAGUUCUUUUCCCCUUGCAACUACAAAAUCAAAUCUGAGAAGAAUGUGGAGGAAUAUUGUCAGAAGCGAAGGGGACGACCUCCUAAAGGAAGCAGAGAUCACAACAGUCUGUACAGCCCAAAGAAGAGCAAGCACGCUCCACGAGGCACUCACCUGUGGGAGUUCAUCCGCGACAUCCUGAUCUACCCCGAGAAGAACCAUGGUCUGCUCAAGUGGGAGGACCGCAGAGAGGGGGUCUUCAAGUUCCUCAAGUCCGAGGCCGUGGCCCAGAUGUGGGGUCAGAAGAAGAAGAACAGCAGCAUGACCUAUGAGAAGUUAAGCCGCGCUAUGAGGUACUAUUACAAGCGUGACAUCCUGGAGCGUGUCGACGGCAGGAGACUGGUGUACAAAUUUGGGAAGAACGCCAGCGGCUGGAGGUUGAACGAGCUGCCUUCAGUCAUGUGAUUGCGAUGCACAUCCUCAGUGCACUCUAAGUUUAUGACACUUACUUCCCCAGAACAGGAAGGUGUUGACAAAAAACUGUAAGCCACUGUUAAUGGCUCUAGUAGGUUUUAUGAACCGCAUUUUAUAUUUUACUUUAUUUUGUUAUGGACUGUGCAUGUUUAAUAUGAAAAUGACCAACUUAUAUUGAUAUGGUACAAUUAUCGAUGGACAUUUGUAGCUCUAUUUGGGCAAUAUGUAUUUGUAUUAUCUAAAGUUUUGUAUGAAAGUUUAUACUUGUGUUAGCUAUGCAAACCAAGCACUAAUGUGUAUUUUUGUAUGAAGUCAUAUGAGUUAUAUUCGUGUUAUAGUGUUAAAAAUGAAAAGUCAACUCUGUAUCUGCUGACUGCAUCAUGUAUCACGUUUUAUUUUGUGAGAAAUGUUAUAUUAUUAUUAUUCACACAUUGAAUAAUUGUGAUUGUGAUUUUUUUCACCAUAUUUUUUAAAAUAAAAUAUUUUUUUUACAAUUU